UUGAAUGAAGUACAAGUGCAAAGUCAUACACUGUUUCGUGUAUUAUUGAGAGAGAGAGAGAAACACUGUCCCCGAGGGCAUUUUACGGUUAAUAGUUACAUACAGACAUCACUUAUUUUCUUUCAGUCGCCGAUUUUAAAGAGCAAUGGAGUCUCAUGUAAACGCGAAACGGCUUUUUAAUCACGCGCAUACCCUAAAGCUUCACACGGGGAAUUUAGUGAACCGCAGUCGACUUAAGAAGAAAUGUCCGUCUUCGCCUAGUGAGGAGCUUCAAGACUGCAUCCGAGGCACGCUGAGCGAGUUCUUCGCCUCAACGCUGUCAACACAUGACUCGGAGCUUCCUGGUGUUCUGGACUGCACCAUUCCAGAAAACACUGAGGCAAUCACCCCAGAGGAGAGAGAGGAAUUAAAAGUGUCUGUCAAACUUUUUCUCACUGAGUCAGAUUGCUCAUCUAUCAGAAAUGCUGUGGAUAUGGCUUGUCUGUCGUUAGGAGUGUCUCAGCUGGACUCUGUGAUCAUUGCCCCACCUUCAUUCCCUGAGGGUGAGGUUCAGACGCUGACCCACCUGCAGCCGCUGUGGGAAGAACUGGAGGGUCUAGUGCAUAACCAGAAAAUCGCUGCGAUUGGCACUUCAGACUUGGACAAAACCCUUCUAGAGCAUCUCUAUAACUGGGCACAGGUAAAGCCGAGCAGUAAUCAGGUGAAUCUGGCCUCCUGCUGUGUGAUGCCUCCAGAGCUCACUGCCUUUGCUAAAGAGUUUGACAUACAGUUGCUAACUCACAAUGACCCCAAUGAGCUAAUCAGUGCAGCAGGCUUCCAGGAAGCAGUGCAGGAGAGCAGUAAGGAGCUGGAGGUGGUUGACUGGAGGCUGGAGUGGGUCUUGCGUUAUUCCAUCAUCGUCAAGAGCAGAGGCAUCAUAAAAUCCAAGGGCUACAUCGUUCAUGCUAAAAAGAGCAGCAACCAUUAACACAUCCUGUUUGAAUAGUUUUUGAAUAGGGGGUCCUGAAUUUUACUCUACCAAAUUCAUAAGAGAACUUAAUUAAUCGGUGAUGAAUUUGUCACAUGAAAGUGAAUUUGAGUCAUUAUUUUGAAUGGAAGAAAUGGAAAUUCACUUGACACUUUUAACAGUUCACACACACUUAACAACAAAUCAGAAUGUUGAUUUAUACAACUUCAACUCUUUUGACUUAUUUCUCUUAUAACUUAGAAUAUUCAGAUGUCUGUCUGUUCUCAUAGACAUAUGUAAAGUGCCUCAUUUUGUGUUUCUCUGUUUUUAUCAGCUUGACCUCAUGUUUUUUGCUUGUCCACAGUAUGUAUCCAAAGGGUAAAAAUCUAAUGUAAAACUGUUAAUAGUGGUUGCUGAGACUCCAGAAAAAAAUAGAGAUGCUCCAAAGAAGUUUUUUUUUUAGCUAGUUAGGUAUUUAAGUACAUGAAUGAUCAGAGUUUUAACUAAGAGGACUAGAACAGCCUCAUUUUCAAGCAGAUUUAUAGAAGAGAUACAGCUAUAUUGCCCUAAUGGUUUUGGUGGAAAACUUUUCAUGCAUUUAUAAAAAAAAAUUUGACUAGAAUGGGGUUUUACAAACAGUGUGCCAUAAAUUUGUAUAUUUUUUACUUCAAAUUGUAAUGUCAUAUUUUAAGUUCUGCUUGCAUUUUAAGUUUGUAUUACUUAUGUUGACUGAUGCUUUUCUUAGAAUGAUCAGUAGAUGUUUUGUUACUUGUCAAUAGAAAAUUCAAUCUCUUUUGCAUCCCCGUGUAAGCUAAAUGCGUUGCAUAUCUGAGAUAAAAUAUUCAAAUGAGGAACUGUAGUGGGAUGCUGUUUGCAUGUAUGGCACACAGCAUUAAUUAGUUGUAUAUAAAACACUGGAAAAUUCCACACUUGAAGGAAACAAAAGAAUGUAGUUCCAGUAUCUAGCGAAUUUUCAGAAUAUAUAUAUAUAUAUAUACCUGUGUUAUAUAUACAUCAGAAAAACGAUUACUGUCGGGUUCAAAUCGUUGAUGUACUGUUCAUGUAAUUACUAUUUUCUAAUCCCAUAUUGUGUUAAACAUAUUUUUAAACUAUAAACUUCAGAAUAGAAAAUGAAC